ACCCAAACAACUACACGCAGAGAGACAGAGAAGAAGGAUUAGGGAUCAUAGAUUCAUAGCCAUGACGGAGAUGAAGAGGUACGUGCUGAGGCUCUUCAUAUCGCUGAAGCACAUAACGGCGAACGUGGUGGACAGGAACAACGGGAGGAUAGUGGCCUCGGCGUCGACGGUGGAGCACGCGCUCAAGGACGCGUUCCAGAGCGGGAGGACUUGUAACUCCAAGGCCGCCGCGGCCGUCGGAGAGGUCCUCGCCAUGCGCCUCAAGACCCAAGGUCUCCACCAGGGGGAGGACCGUGGCGUCCACGUCGAUGUUCACAAGGAGAUCCAGAAGCGAGGCUUCCACAACUCUGCUAAGGUGUGGGCCAUAGUUAAUGCCAUCAAGACCUGUGGAGUCAAACUUGUUCUUGAUCAUCAUGAUCAUGAUGAUAACAGUACUCCACGAUGAACAUUUUUUAAACAUUCUUUUCUUUUCUUUUUUACAUCCUAAUUUAUUAAUACAUAUGUUCAUUUUUAUUUUA